UCAUGAUAUCUGGGUAAACGAACCCUUGGCUAUAAUCGAAUCAAAUAUAGAUAGCAAUCUAAAUGCAAGUUCGCGUGUUCAAAACUCAAACAUAUAUAAAUCGAUGCCAUUCAAAUCUCCAACCGUCAAUAUCUCGGAAAAUGCGGCACUCAGCUACAAUAUAUCAGGAAAUUUCCCUCUUUCGCUCUCGGAUUCAAAAUCGAUGGGUUGAUGAUGUAACAAUUCGAGUUCUCGAGUCGAUUUUAGUUUCAAAAGAUGUGCAGUCGUCGAUUGAUUUCAAAUCGGUUUUGAAACGGUUCAUGAGAGAUGAAUCUCUUCUUAUCUUCGGUGAAAUCGCGGAAGAAUCAGUCGAGAUUAAGCUCACAUGUGCUGAGUUUCUGAUUCGUGUUUUUGCUAUGAUUGGCGACGUCGAGAGUUGCUUAGCCUUGAGAUACGAAGCAUUGGUUCUGCGAGACGAGAUGGCUACUAUUCACCCUGAGCUUCAAGUCACUUCUAAAGAAUGGCUCACCUUCACUGAGCAUUCACUUGAAAAUGGAUUCCAUUCCAUUGCAAAUCAGGCAUGUGAAAAGGCACGUAUGUCCUCAGGUGCUAUUCACCUGGAAUCAGAUUAUUUCUUCCAUGAUGUGAAUGCGAUGGAAAAAAUCGAUAGAUUGAAGGAUGAUGCUUUGCUCAAGAUUUCUUCACAAUCUCUCCAGGCACAGGCUAAAGCAUACUCGAAGAGGAAAAAAGUUAAGGAGAGUGCACAGCAGUUAACCAUCCCUACUGAAUCACAAAAAGGAAGUUCUCGGUUUAGAAGUGGAAUCAAAACGCAUAAUUUGCGGAAAUUGCUUGAAUAUCAAUGUCUUCGAAGGUUAUCCCUAUGAAGGGAAUCUGCAAUUAAUUCCGAGUUAGUAAUAUGACAAUGCAGCUAAGCAUUGGCUUGUGAUGAAAUGAAGUCCAUUCGGUCACGUGCCUAUGUUAUCCUGCACAACUAGUUAAUUUCCCUUCUUCCACUUGGGAUUGUGCCUACGGUAGCGUGGAAUCAAGAAUGAUAAGCAAGGUUAGAAUCCUAUUAUCCUUUAGGCACACACCUAACACAUGAAUUAGAUCAAACACAAUUGUUUUAUGGUUAAAUAAAUAGAAAUUUAAAAACAACGCGUCACAAUGAACUCAGACUCGAGACUAUUUGCUUCGAACAUUAAACACUAGGCCAACACACGCACAUAACCAGACAUGUUUCCUGCAAUUAUGAGGUGAGGUGGAUGGUGCUUUAGAGAUUGAUAAAAUUGGAGAUAUAAACACUUCGAAUCGGAUUCAUAGUGCAAUAUUUAUAUAAACUAGAUUACAUUCAACA